CGUUGAGUCCGCGAGCCUCUGCGCAAAAUGCUCGCCCUUGGAUUCGUGCUUGCCGCUGCCGGCCUUGCCGCUUCUGCUCCGGCCGCGACUUUGCCUCAGCCUGACCCAUCUCUGGCUUACUCGGUCACGUUCAACGGUGUUACGUAUGUCAAUAAGGGACUGGUAGGCUAUGGUAGCAUAUCUGCGUCGGCUCUUGAUCAGUUUGGGGACACGCUCGGAGGCCUCGGCAGCGCCAUUGCAAUCAGCCCCAAGUCCUUCAGACGGUCCGGCAAUCGCUAUGCCGGUGCCUUGCUCAUGCAGCCCGACAGAGGGCACAACACGCAAGGUACCGUUGCCUACCCUGCCCGUGUCCAAGCAUUCAGCUUCGUCUUUACGCCAUACUACGCUACCGCCAAUCAGACUUUGGCCCAAGGCGGAACUUCGUUGCCGCUCAACUAUCUCGGCGGACAAGAGUACCAAGACAGGGAAGUUUCGCCCCGUCUGACGACGGGCCUCGAUCCCAAUGGCAUACGCCCAGCCUUUGGCGCUGUACCUGAGCUGCCAAUCGCCACAAGCAAUCUGCCUUAUGGCAAUCUUACAUUCGAUUCUGAGGGCAUCGCGUUUGCAAGCGACGGUUCGCAUUGGGUCUCGGACGAGUAUGGUCCAGCAAUCUAUCACGUGAAUCUUGCCGGAGUGCUGACGGGCGCAAUCCUGCCACCGGCUGCCAUCGUUCCCAUGCAAAAUGGCAAGGUCAACUUCACCGCUCUGGUCGAUCCUACUACCGGCCGAGUAGCCAACCAAGGCUUCGAGGGCCUGACGAUCACGCCUGAUAACACCAUGCUAUAUACCUUGUUGCAGAGCGCUACGGUACAAGAUGGUGGCUCGUCGAAUACCAAGGGGCGCUACACGCGCUUGCUGGGCUACAACAUCGCCAACGUAAACAAGCCUGCCCUUGUCGAGGAGUAUAUCGUGCCUCUACCGACGAGCAGUAAGGGCAAGGUCUAUGCCGCCAGUGAAGUAGCAUACGUCGCUCCGAACACUUUCCUUGUGCUUGCGCGCGAUGGCAAUGGCGACGGUGAUACAGGACCAUCGAAGUACAAGUCUGCCGACCUCAUGUCGACCGCUGGAGCUACCAAUAUCGCCAACACGGCGUAUGACUCGCCGGCUACACCGGCUGCACCGGGCGGUGUUCUGAGCUCCGCGAUCACGCCAGCGACUUACCAAGCCUUCACGACUUAUAUCAACGGCACGCAAUUGGCACGCUUUGGCCUCAACAACGGAGCAACGACGAGCCCAGCGCAGAUUGAUGGCAAAUGGGAGUCUCUCUCGCUUGUCUCUGUACUCGACCCUGCCUACCCGGACGACUAUUUCCUCUUCACGGCCAGCGACAACGACUUUAUCACUACGAACGGCACAAGUGGUGGCGUACCCUACCAGGACCCAUAUGGCUCAGAUGUGCCGACUCAAGUCUUUGUCUUCCGUUUGACACUUCCCGGUGCCAAUGUUGCUACCUACACGCAAGCAUAGACACUGAAGCCAGCGAGAAGCAGACAAUCAAAAGCGCAGAGAUGCGCCAUCGAGUAGAAUGCAUGAUUCAAUUACGAGGCGCCUUUGACCUUAUGCGCGUGAGCUCGUAAACAGCACGUCGCGUGUGUCGAACCGUCGAAUCGUAGCGUGUGCCCCUCGCACUUGACGGGGCAGAUACAAACAUCCAUGCUUCAAGAGACGCUCAGUGAUGUCGACAUCGGUCGAGAAAGAAGCUCUGCCAGAUUAUAGUUUUGGCGAGAUCCUGGGCAAAGGUGCCUUCGGGUCGGUCUAUAGAGCCCUCUGUUGGACUACCGGUGAGACGGUCGCUAUCAAGCAAGUCAGUGCAGCGCAGGCUAGUCCACACUUGCGAGCUGAACUCGCAUCAGAUCUCCC